UUGAAAUUUUAAAAAAAAAUUACGUGAUUUUGUUUUCAAAAAGUUGAUGCAGUGAAAUGCUCAAAUGGUUCAACAGCCUUUAAUCAGUCGCCCGGUUCAUUGUUUUGUUACAAGAAAUCACUUUGUUAAUCCUUCAUUAUUUUCCCAUGAAAGCCAUACUGGAAAAGCUAAGAAAAUGCACAAAAUACGCAAUAGGUCAGAAGAUGCUAGAAAUAAUUACCACGGGAGGAAGCUGGAAAUGAAGAGGAAGCUGGAAAUGAAGACGGGUUAUGGUACAAUAUUCAUCUCCAUAGCCAAGUCGACUCCACCCGAUUGACUGCCAAGGAAAACGAAAUGGGUACCAAUCGCUCGAAAUGCAAGUUUGUACGGUGCCCUCUUAGCUGGGAUAUGGUCGUCGGCGCCGGUGAAUUUCAGAUGGACUCUGGUUGUCUUCUAUUUUGGGAGGGAAGGGCUGCUGUCUUCUAUUUUUGGAGGGAACAAAUGAGACUUCCUGGUAAAACAAUGGAGACUUUUAUGUUUUUUUUUUCUUUUUCUUUUGUUUUCUUUAUUUUUCUCUCUCUCUCUCUCGCCACAUAAGUCGAAUUCAAAAAUCUGUGAGUUUCCUGUAAAAAUAGUCUGUACCUAGAGUUUUUUUUCAUAAAAUUACUAUUACACGUUAGGCAUGUGAACAACAGGGAUCGUGUCGGGAUUUGGACGAUUCUUCACUGAUUCGAUGAUAUGAUGCACGUGUAACCUAAUCACUUUUCUAAAAAUCACAAGAUAAUUCACCUGUCAAUUCAAUAAUGAUUUUGCACUCCAUGCUCGUGGAACAUUAAGAAUUUUUGCAGUUGGCUUAAAAAUCCUUAUCAAUUAUGCAUGUUUACAUCCAGUGAGAUCUUUAUGUAUGCGGAACUUUCUGUUUACGCUGCAGCUGCACAUAAAAUCUCAAGCUAAAACUACAGAGCAGUCAUUGCUCAAAUCACUCUCCAAACUAUCAUCUCAUUUUCUUCAUUCAGAGAGCCAUGGUGUUACUACUACUACACAUAACAGACAAACCCAUAGACAAUACUUGGGCAAGCUCUUACUUUCACCAACCCAAACAAGUAAUAAUUCCAUUGUGUACUAUAAAACAGUCCACGCCCAAAUCAUUUUAUGUGGAUUCGAGAACAAUGUGUUUCUUAGUAAUGUUCUUAUUUCUUUGUACUCGAAAUGGGAGUCCAUACUUUCUGCCCGUUGUCUGUUUGAUAGAAUGCCUGAAAGAAACUUAGUUACUUGGUCUUCGAUGAUUUCUGUAUAUACUCAAAAUGGGCAUAGUGAAGAUUCCUUGAUAUUGUUUCGGGAGUACAGAAAAACUUGCAAGGAGAGUUCUAAUGAAUAUGUUUUAGCUAGCGUAUUUCGAUCUUGUACUGAAUUGGGUAGUGUUGAAAAUGGGACAUGCUUGCAUAGUUUUAUUAUUAAGGUUGGUUCUGAUAAUAAUGCCUAUCUGGGUACUUGUCUAAUUGAUUUUUAUUCAAAAACCAGUGAUAUGGAGUCAGCAAGAUUGGUUUUUGAUGAUAUGAAAUUGAAAAAUGUGGUGACAUGGACUGUGAUCCUGACUGGAUUUGCCAAAAGUGGAAGGGGUGAUAUUUCACUGAAUUUGUUUAGGCAUAUGGUAGAAACUGAAGUUGUUCCUGAUAGAUACAUGAUUUCUAGUGUUUUGGUUGCGUGUUCAAUGCUUGAGUUUCUUGAAGGGGGAAAGCAAGUUCAUGCUUAUGUGCUUAGGAGGGGUGGGGACAUGGACGCUUCACUGGGUAAUGUGAUUAUGGAUUUCUAUAUCAAGUGCGGUGAUGUGAAAAAUGGAAGAAAAGUUUUUCACCAGAUUGUGGUUAAGGAUGUGUUUUCUUGGACAACAAUGAUUUUUGGGUACAUGCAGAGUGGCCUUGAUUUAGAGGCUAUGAAGCUGCUUACUGAUAUGAACAGUCUAGGUUGGAAACCAGAUGGAUUUGCUUGCAGUAGCGUCCUCACCUCGUGUGGUUCUGUUGGUGCUCUUGAGCAGGGUAGAGAAAUACAUGCUUAUACCAUGAAGACCAAUCUUGAUACUGAUGAAUAUGUGAAGAAUAGCUUGAUUGACUUGUACUCAAAGAGUGACUGCUUGAUCGAUGCUGAAAGAGUAUUUCACGACUCGGAAAAUGACAGUGUGGUCUCUUAUAUUGCAAUGAUUGAGGGAUACUCAAGAAAAGGAAAUUCGUACAAGGCACUUGGCAUUUUCACCGAGAUGAGGCUUAAUUCGAUCCCACCAAGUUUACUAACGUUUUUUAGCCUUCUUGGAAUGUCAUCUUCACAAAUUGCAUUGGGAGUAUGCACGCAACUUCACUCUCUCGUGAUCAAGUUUGGGUUCUGUUUUGACAUAUCUGUUGGAAGUUCCUUGAUAGAUGUUUACUCAAAGUGUUCAUCUGUUAAAGAUGCGAGGCAUUUAUUCGAAGAGAUUGGUGACAAAGACAUUGUAGUUUGGAAUUCCAUGCUUUUUGGCUAUGCAAGUCAAUCAAAAAAUGAGGAGGCUCUUAGGCUCUACUUAGAGUUGCAGCACAGUGUACAGAGGCCUAAUGAGUUCACUCUGCUUGCCAUGCUAAUGGCAUGUAGUAAUCUAGCAUGUCUGUUGCAUGGUCUCCAGUUCCAUAACCAAGCAAUAAAGCUGGGUCUCGACUCUGGUCCGUUUGUUACAAAUGCACUUGUCGAUAUGUAUGCAAAGUGUGGAAGCAUAGAAGCAGCACGAAAAGUUUUCAAUUCUAUCGUUCAUAAAGAUAUUGUGUGUUGGAAUUCAAUUAUAUCAAUGUAUGCGCAGCAUGGGGAUGCUAAGACAGCUCUUGAAAUAUUUGAGGAAAUGAAAAACGCAGGAAUGCGUCCCAAUUAUGUCUCCUUUGUUGGUGUGCUGUCGGCAUGUUCCAAUGUGGGGCUUUUAGAUGAAGGAUUCAAUUACUUUGAGUCCAUGUCUAGAUAUGGGAUUGAGCCAGGAAUUGAGCAUUAUACCUGCAUGGUUUCUCUAUUUGGUCGAGCUGGUAAGUUGUACGAAGCAAAGGCUUUUAUCGAGAAAAUGCCAAUACAACCAGCAGCUAUAGUUUGGAAAAGCUUUCUCGGCCCAUGCCAAGUCACUGGUAAUCUGGAACUGGCUGAACAUGCUGCUGAGAUGGCCAUUUCAAUUGAUCCAAAGGACAGCGGUUCAUAUACCUUACUCUCAAAUCUCUUUGCGUCUAAAGGCAUGUGGAUUGAUGUAAAGAAGGUGAGGGAGAAAAUGGAGAAAAAUGGGGUGGUGAAAGAAAUCGGGUGUAGUUGGAUAGAACUAAACAACGAAGUGCACUUAUUCUUUUCACGAGACAGAACUCAUCGCGACACUGAUUUGAUUUAUGCUCUGAUUGGCCGCUUGAUUAAGCAUAUGAAAGGAAUGAGUUACGAGCCUCCCAUGUUAUGUGAUUGAUGUUCUUCAAAUGUAAAAUCAUUCUAGUACUCAAAAUUCUUCUUCCCUUUUUUGAAUCUCUUUAUUUUUGGGUGCAUAAAUGUUCUACACCGUGCUAGAUAUUGAGAUAUUUAAAGCAAAUAGGCUUUUAGCAACUACAUCUUGUGUAAAGUGAAAUGUGUUUAUAUGGUUAUACAUUGACCAUUGCUUUUCCAUCCAUUUCAAUAAAUUUCGGGUGAUAUAUACUUAGAAUAUUCA